UGGUAAACCACAAGUUAGGCUACCAAAAAGAGCAAAGAUACCAAAAACAGAUAACCUCCCCCUCUUUAUUUAACACCCCACACAGAGAGAACCUUAUUUCAGUUAAAAAGCAACAGAACCCAAAUGAAGAGGUCACCUUCUUCUUCGUGCUCAUCCUCAGCUUCAUCAACCCAGCCUCCUCCUGCUCCUCCUAUCGAGCGAGCUAAAAGCAAGACCAGACACCUUCGGAAGAAUGCACAGAAACCUCAGUAUUCUAACUGCUCAGGCAGGAGAAGCUCCAUUUACAGAGGAGUCACCAGACACAGAUGGACUGGGAGGUAUGAAGCUCAUCUCUGGGACAAGAACUCCUGGAAUCCGAUUCAAAACAAGAAAGGAAGACAAGUUUAUUUGGGAGCUUACGAUGAUGAAGAAGCUGCUGCUCAUACCUACGAUCUCGCUGCGCUUAAGUAUUGGGGACCUGAUACAAUCUUGAAUUUUCCGUUGAAGACAUACGCAGAAGAGCUUGAAGCAAUGCAGAGUGUCUCAAAGGAAGAAUAUUUAGCUAGCCUGAGGCGAAGAAGUAGUGGCUUUGCCAGAGGAGUUUCUAAAUAUAGAGGUGUUGCUAGGCACCAUCAUAACGGACGGUGGGAAGCAAGGAUCGGCCGCGUUUUCGGGAACAAAUAUCUCUACUUGGGAACUUACAGUACGGAAGAGGAAGCAGCGGCAGCAUACGACAUUGCAGCCAUAGAGUACAGAGGGUUGAACGCGGUGACCAACUUUGAUCUCAGCCACUACAUAAGAUACCCGCAACAAAUGCAGCAACAGCAGCAGCAGCAAGAAGUGAUCACGUACUUUACUGAGCCACAAGAGGGAGCCUCACCUCAGAUCCCCAAGCCGGAGUGGACCAUCUCGGCCGGUCAUCAACAUCAUCAGCCCACGACGGUGGACCCCGUGGAAGAAAACGAGUGGAGCCUAUGCAUAGAUUCGGGUCUGAACCCAUUGCCAGUUCCCGAAAUUGCCCUCGAAAAGCCGAGCGAAUUACCGGAUUUGUUCACAGGCUGUGGGUUUGAGGACAACAUAGACCUUCUAUUUGAGGGUGGUUCGAAGGAGAACGGGAUGACUUUGGAUGGCAUUUUGGAGAAUAGGGAAGGAAUGGAGGGCGAAUGGACGUCGGGAGUGGAAGAGGAAGGAGAGGGAGAGGGGUGUGGAUUGUCUUGCUCAGCAACCUCGGUUGCUUACUCAUAUCCUAUUAAAAUUUAUUCAUGAUAUGGGGAGUCUGUGGAGUGUGGGUGGUGGUUGGGGAGAGGGAUUGGGAUCUGUGCUUGUGAUUGUGUCUGUUAAUGUGAGGAUUGUGAUUUGUUAAUGAGCAUGAAAAUGCUCAAUGGGAUCUUAGGGUUUUCUUCUGAUUGUGUUCAAUUUUUAAAGGAGAUGAUGGUGGAAUUCUAGGUCAAUUUACAUUAAAAUAUACAGAGUCGGGUUUAAUUUUUUAUGCUGACAGUCAGAUUUAAUUUGUAUUGCUUUGUGUUUGAAUCUGUGUGUAAGAGAGAGAGAGAGAGAGUUUGGGCCCUGUUUUGACAACACUGGUUUCUGUUUGUUUGGAAUGCAUAUCUAAACCAAAUACAAAGUUUGCAGCCA